AUGUACUUCAGAUUCCGCCCUAGGGCCAACUCGUCUAGUGACAGCGGCAACCAGACAUUAAUAAUUGCAAUUUCUGUCGCACUUGGAGUCGCAAUCAUUCUUUCUGCAACACUCAUCGGACUCAAGAUCCUGAAGCGUCGUCGCAAGACCAACAAUCAGUUCAGGGAAGCUCGGCUUCGCGACCCAAGCCUUACUUGGGACGAACAUGACCGCAGAUGCAAGCUCACUCGCUCGCGACUGGUGGUCGAGGAAGAGAUACAACGGCACAAACUCAUCCGAAAGACCCAACAGAGUCGGGCGUCAUUACGAAAAGAACUUGAGCGGUCAGGUAGUAAAUACAAGAGACCUACUCGAUCGCGUUCAAAGACGUGGCACGGACGUGUGAAAAGUAGCGAGAGGGAUGUAGAAGCUGGACCUGAGCUUGAGGAGCGGUGUUUGGACUGGGGUUCCGCUGAGGCGCACGUGUUGCGGACCUUUCAGGUAUUGAAUGGGAAGAAGCAUCCAUCCCACAGGCCACGGACAAGCGAGGACGAUGGCAACGUGCCGCGAAGGCCACCGACAAUCCGGUUGAAAACCCCUCCUCUAUUUUCACAUCCGAUGUUCAGGACCUCAGACCCGCCAAAGCACCUGAGCCUCCCCACAGAGCUGAUCCGCAUGAAUUCUGACCCAGGACCUAUUGUCGGCUCGAACUUGAACGCAGACAGACCACGGGACGACGUAGCAUAG